AUGACGCCAACGAUCUUGCUUGCGCACCGGUGUGGGUCGUGGUCGACCGAGGAAGAGGCGUACGCCGUCGCGCUUAUCCAGAGCUUUCUUUUGGGCUACUACCCCACUGUCCUUCCCGGCACGUCGCUCCGCGUCUUCUUGGCCCACAAGCUCGACUGCUUACCAAUGCGCAUCUCGAAAAAACUCGCGCAGCUCCACGCACCGGAUGCUGUGAACCCCAAGCACUUUGGCCGGCUGCGCUACGUCUGCGACCCAUCCGUGCUCCAUGGCAUCAAGCGCCAAGCCGCGCGCGACGAGCUCGAUCUGCUCGUCGUGUCGUUUGAUAAGGUCGUCGAGGUACAGCGGGCGACGCCGAUUCCGCGGCCGUUCAACACAGCACCGAGUGCGCGCGCCG